AUGCUUGAGGCUGCACUCUUUGGCGGAAUCCCUGAAGGGAGUGGAUAUCCUUUUCCCUAUGCACCGCAUCAGGUCAUGCAGAAUGGCUUCGAUAGAACUGUGGGUCCUAAUUCUUGGUGGACACCGCGUCCUCCAUCACCUUCUCUUGCUGCCCAGCGCUUGAUACGGGAACAACAGGAUGAUGAAUAUCUUGCUUCACUGCAAGCUGAUAGGGAAAAAGAAUUGAAGGCCAGGGAGGAAGCCGAAGCUCGUCGUUUAGACGAACAAGCAGCUAGAGAAGCUGCUCUUCAAGAAGACAUGAGAAAGGAGGAUGAAUCACGUAGAAGAUUGGAGGAGGAACAGGAGGUUGAGAGACUGCUAGCUGCCAAAGAAGCAUCUCUUCCUCAUGAACCAACAUCAGCUGAUGAAAAUGCUAUUACCCUUCUUGUGCGGAUGCCUGAUGGCAGCCGCCGAGGUCGCCGAUUUAUCAAAUCUGACAAGCUACAGUAUCUUUUUGAUUUUAUUGAUAUUGGUAGAGGGGUCAAGCCUGGAACUUACAGAUUGGUGAGGCCAUAUCCUCGACGUUCUUUUAGUGGGGGGGAGAGUGCCUUAACAUUGAACGAACUAGGCCUAACAAGCAAACAAGAAGCCCUGUUUCUGGAGUUGAUUUAA